GCCUGGCGAACCGUACGGUCGAUCGAAACGCCUCCAAUCAUCGCAGUAGUCGCUCCCACACCCUCGUCAUGUUACAUGUCUGCGGUGUACAGCGCAUCACCGUCGUUGACUUGGCAGGUCAUAAUCAGCCCCCGACAGAGUCCUUUCAUCACAUAUCCGUUGCAGGGAGCGAGCGAUGGUGUCGCUUUGGUCCCUUAUCCCACGAUAAACGGCCCGACAGUCGAGAGGAGAUGGCCAGUAUCAACAAGAGCCUCACGUCACUGUC